AUGCUUGAAAACGUGUUCGGUGAUUUCCGGAUAUUCUGCUAUCUCACACUUGUGCUUAUUGUCGCACAUUGUAAAUCGCUAUCCCCGUCGGACAGCAAAUUGGUCAUGCUAUUCACCCUCAGUCGUCAUGGUGACCGAGCACCCAUACAUAAACUACCAUCCGAUCCGUACCAAAAUCACUGGACCUCCGGCUAUGCCCAAUUGACUGUUUCCGGCGCGGCCCAGCUGACCGAGCUUGGUCAGUUUGUUCGAAACCGGUACAGCUCAUUCAUUCCGCAAACAUAUCACAAAGUACAAUAUCCAAAUUUUCACAUUUUUAUAAGCUCAGGCACACAUCGUACUCUUAUGUCCGCAAACAGUUUUCUCCGAGGACUUUUCAAAUUGGAAUUGCAGCAAAACGCUUCCAUCCCUCCGCCAGUAUUCACCCUGUCCAGUGAUGAUGAUCAUUUGUUAAAGAUGUCUCGAAAUUGUCCGGAAUAUCGUGAACGUUUGCACAAACUAACGAACAGUGAUCAGGUGGCAAAGAAAAUCUCACUGUUUUCUGAAACCAUCACUCGUCUGGAAACAGUAUUCCGUAAGUUAUCCAAUUGUUGGAUCUGUGAGAUUCAUAUGAAACUUAUAUGGAAACUCUUCACAGGCAUUCCAAUGACGUUCGCACAUAGGUUAGUUAUCAACUCCUCCAGCGGGAUUGAACAGACACGGUUAAUGACGGUCAGUUCAUGUCGAAGCAGCUUAAAGUUCUUCUUUAGGAGAUUAGCAAAGAACAAAUAA